ACAUGUGUCACCGCCAUGCGGGGCGUUUGAGAACAUUUCCCUAUUAAAAGAAAAACUGAAGUGUGUAUUCGUGCUAUGAUGGAAAGGUAAGAUCGUGUGUUUACGGGGAUUGGGAAGCAACAACUCGACGAGAAGAAGAGGUGAGGUAGAGCGGUGCGUGGCCCGAGUGCUUAUAUUCAGCAAUCUCCCCAUCCCAGAUUCCCUCACCACGGCCGAGCGCCAGCUCGCCUCCUUGCGCGCUCGUCCACGAAGGGUCGAGUCAACCCCCCGCCGGCGAUCUGCAGCAGGACUCCGCGCUGGUGAGCCAGCUCCUCCUUGCGCUUCUCUCUCUCUUUUCACCCUCUAUGUUCUCUCUCGAACAGGAAGCAGCAGCUGCACCACAACAAUGGUGCGGCCCAUGGAUCUCGGAACUACCGCCAUCAUGAUUUCCUCCGUCGCGGUCCAACAUGCUCGCGUCAGGAGGAGCAUCUCCUGCAUAAUUCACCCCGGUAUACAACAACACCGGAGCGCACUUCCUCAUUGCCUCCCCGUUCGGCGACUGGCGCACCGCGGACACCAAGCCAAGGCCGGCUUCCCUCGCAUCGACCUCGUCCUCCUCUUUGCGGUCCUUGCGAGCCCUGCAUCGUUCUCCUAUCGAGUAAUUGCGACAGCCAUGGGAGCACUUCGAGCUCCACGACCUCCAGAUGCGCCGCCCAGGAGCCCCGCCGCCGCCGUGAUUGGGAGGAGGACGAGCGUCGGAUCCCCUGCAUCCCUAGCAACCGCUCGAUUGCGUUGACCGCUUGUCCCGGAUCUACGCGGGGUCUUUGCCCGGAGGACGCAAACGGUCGGAGACGAGGGGAGGAAUAAAAGGGGGGAGGGGCAGAGGAUGCCGCGCAGGUGACGAGAUGCGCCGCUCAGGCCACGAGAUGUGUCGGAGUGACGCUGCAUUUAUCAGCGACGCCGGAGACGGCAGCGAGAAACGCCAGCGACGCAGGGCUCGAGGGCAGAAGAGGCCGCGGCUUGGGAGGUGGACGCCUUAGGGUUCGGGGGCUACCGUGCAUCUCCAUCGGCGCCUGGCCCGGCGGUGGCGCUCGGCGCCACGCCACGCCGGAGACGGCUGCGGAGGCCGGAAUGAAUAAGAGGAGACGCGGCGGUGAAAUGGGGAGGAGGGGUUUGUGUAAAACUGAAACGUUUUCCAUUUAAAUUGAUAGUUCGGGUUGAAUAUAUAUAACAUCAGUUUUUUCUUUUA